CAGCUGAUCGCAUGUAAAUAAGUAAAUGCCGGUUAUCGGCAUUCCUCUCCUCACGAGCUGUCACGCUGACAGCUUAGGGCACUGAUGAUCAGUGUAGCCCCAUCAGUGCCACCUGUCAGUGUCCAUCAACGCCACCUGUUAGUGCCCAUCAAUGCCACCUGCCAGUGCCACAUCAAUGCCAUAUGCCACCUAUCAGUGCACAUCAAUGCCACAUAUCAGUGCCCAUCUGAGCUGCCUUUCAGUGCCAACUAUCACUGCCAGUCAGUGCCGCCUAUAUCAGUGCUGCCAACUAGUGCCACCUAUCAG